AUGUCAUCUUCUUGUCUAAGUGGCGGUGGCAGAGCAGCAGCUGUAUACAGACUCGAAUCACUCGACCUGGACACGAUAAAGUCACCAUCUUCGACCUCUUGGAUCUCCACCUCGUCUUCUCCUUCCUCCACUCUCUCCGAAUCCAGCAACUGCCCGUUAACCAUCUCGACUCGAAAGCCCCGAACGCCCCGAAAACGGCCGAACCAAAUCUACAACGAGGCCGCCGCCAUUCUCUCCACGGCCCACCCCAAACUGUUCCCCACAAAACCCAGCAAGCUCACCAAAUCAAUCCACAUUAACAAAGAUGUCGUCGCUCUCCGGCCCGACCCGCCCGACUUGCUCAUGCCGUUUCGUGCCGUUGAUCGUGAGUCGGGGUUUUUGCUGCGGGAGAACACUCAGAGGCCCGGUUUCUCGUGCAAGCUGCAGAGGGGAUUGUGGCCGUUUGAGAGAAUUUGUCUGAGCCCGGGGGAGAUGGAAUCGGAUGUCGGUGGAUUGGAGGAUUUUGACGCCGAGUCGAUCAUUCUUGACGAGGAGAUUGGGGAAGGGAUUAAUUGCAUCAUGGGGAGUUUGGGGGAAGGGGUUGAGUCGAUUGAGGGCUUUGAUGUUUGUAGUGAGAGAAAUAGUAGUAAUAAUAGUGAUAAUUACAGUUGUUACUCUAAUGGCGGAUUCUGUUAUGGGUACCCGGUGGGGCUGGGGUUCGGGUUUGGGUUCGGGCCGUGCGGGGUGAGGAAGGAGAGGAGGGAUGUGGAUGAUGGGGGAGGCGACGAUUGGUGGAGGUUCCCGAGCGUGAGCGCUCCGGAACCGAAUUCGACGGCGGCGGCGAGAGGUGCAAACGAGGAGAAGAAGAAAAAGAAGAAGAAAGUGGCGGAGAUUCGGGAUAAUACGGUGGCGGAGGAGGAUGAGCUCGGGCCGCGGUGGAGUGCGGGCGGGCUGAUGCUGAAGCUGAACUAUGACGGCGUGCUGAGAGAGUGGUCCGACAAGGCGUCGCCGUUCACCGGCGAGGGCCCGGCGGCGGAGGCGGUCGCCGGAAAUGAUGUGCAGGCAAGAUUGGCACAAAUAGACCUAUUCUCGGACAAUGGAGGGAUUAGAGAGGCUAGUGUGCUGCGUUACAAGGAGAAAAGGCGCAAUCGCCUGUUCUCCAAGAAGAUCAGAUAUCAGGUUCGCAAGGUCAAUGCUGAUAGACGGCCUCGGAUGAAGGGACGAUUUGUUAGAACACCAAAUUCCUCCGAUGAUUGA